GGUUGAUGGCAAGCCAUGAUGCGCUGUUCUGUUAUUCAAGAAUGAGCUUGCGAGAACCUGUUCUUCAAAUUCAAUUUUCCUCGUAUGUUGAAGGUUCUGAGACGAUGACACCAGGGAGCCAGUGCUCUGCAGCAGAGAACCCCGCCAUUUUCAGCCUCAUCUUUCAGCAUGGCUGGGGACCCCCAUCCAUUCUUUCUGUUCCGACUAUCGAGGUAGACAUUCCGGUAAUGGCCAUGAUCCAAGAUGGUCGAGCCGCUGUCUAUUGCCACAGCUAUCACCGGCUUCAUUGGUUUCGUCGUGCUGGUCAAGAACUUGAUAUCCACCAUCCUUAACGACGCUGAUGCCGUCCGCAACGAUACGGAUGGCCUCGUCGCAGCGGAGAUCCGCCUGAUAAUACUAUCGUCGCGCAUGGAAAACUGGAAAGAGUUUUGGAGAAUUCGUGAUGGAAUGCCCCUGGAGCUCUACGAUUCAUACUGGAGUCCCGAUGGACGGCAGAAGAUCCUUCAGUUGCUGAAUCUGUUACAUGGCAAGGGUGCCGACUUACAUCGCGAAUUUGAGUCUGAGUACAGAAAAGGAGGCGAUAGAAGGACAGGACGCGUGGAUCAACGCUCUGCCGAGGCCAGUGCUUAUGAUGAACAGCAGGAAAUGGAGAGGCUCCAAGCAUUCCAAAGCAUGUACAGGAGCAAGGUCAACCUCAUCCGAAGGGUCGGGAGGGCACUUUACAAAUGGCCAAGGUUUGGCAAGUCUCUCGAACUGUCGGAGAAAUGGUUAGAUUUGCUGCUUGACGCUUCGACGGAAUUCUUCAAGGUCAACAACUCCUUGGAUGAUGAAUCCGAAUGGAAGGAGAGAGUCGACAUCGUUUCGACGAGCUUUAUCCUCACCCGAGUCGCCGAUCGCUAUUCGCAUGCGUCUUCCAUACUGGGGGCGACAUUACUCGGCAUCGAAAGCCACGCUAUCGACCUCUAUCUGGACCAUCGAACUGAUCCCGCUCGCCGGAUGGAGAUUCUGUCUCUCGCCGCCCAGGAAAAUUCAAAUUCUUUCCAGUACAACUUCUGCUUGUUGUCAGUCCUAGGCUCGGACGAUAUCCCCAUCGACUUCUCAUGCAAGAUACCAUCAGAAAACCAGGAAGCCGUCCCGACCAUUGGGCGGCAGCAGCACCAGAGCUUCGACGCCGUGAUCUGUGAUUUGACCCGGCCUCCCAAUCGGGGCCAUAAUAUGUCCUUUUGGUUCCAAGCACGUCAAGGCGUCCCGGCUUUUGUCCUGGAGAGACUGGAAGGGAGAAGUGGGGUGGGAGACGAUCUGCAAAUCCAGUGCCUGAGGACGUUCAUGGCCAUCCACAAGGUCAACUACGAGGAAGAACUGCACGGACCGUUCAAGUCCGAAGAAAGGUGGAGACUCGCCUACGAGCUGGCCGAGUGGGCUCUGUUGUUCCUGAAAACAAACUGGUUUUCGAAGCUGUGUAGUUGCUGCGUCUAUCGCACCGAGACUGCUGACUUGAGAACCACGUUCCGCGCCCGGUUCGGGAAGGUCCCCCAUAUUGAUGUGGAUACCGGGGACGUUGGGAAUACACGACAGUGGUGUGAAGAGGAGAUCCGGAACAUGCAUAUACGGAGGCUAGGGGUGCUUCUGGUAGAAAUUGCUCUGGGGUUCCCGGUCCCGGACGUCGUCCUAUACCCCGUCAAGGGAAUCAUGAUCGACGAGGAGCUCGACGUCGAGAACCCCGAAAGGACAAAGGUUCUGGACAGGCGAGCUAUCAACAGAAAGAUUCGCCGAGAAAUGGGCCAGGACUACACCGACGCUAUGGAUUAUUGCCUCCAGCAAGGCAUCACUCCUGACAGGGUGAGGAUGGAAGAGCUCCAGAGCUUUCAAUCGCACGUCGUUGAACCGCUCUACUCACACUACCGUCAGCUUUCUAUCCAUGGGCCGGCGAGACGACAAGCGCGGAGAGCCGCACGAGGGCGUCAUGGGACUAUUGCCUGAGUUAUUCAUCCCCGAGAGUCUAGAAUUUGAACGCCAGACAAUCUACUGACACCGGGAGCAUGGGUCGUGGGAAGCAGAUGGUUGCUGGAACCUUCUUCGUCUAAAAAAGAAAGACCCCGUAGUACCGAAAAAAGAAGGCGGAGAACUAUACGACGCUGUCACAAAAUGACAACCAGCCUUGAUCUGGAGAGCAAGAUAUCAGGCCCAGCCCAGGUCCAGGCUCAGUCGGAGGCCGAGUCAGCUUGUCAGCUCUGUGCCAUGGCCGUCCGCACAAUGCCCGUACUUCUAGCAUGCAAGAGCAGUGGCGGACACAAAAGAUGAUAAUCUCAAUAAUGAGGAUAGCAAUGAUGAUGAC